GUUCAGAUACGAACAUUUAACCCGUGAAUCUGAUCAAUAUGCCCUUAAUAAACUUGCAUCUUCUGAAAAAAGAUCUAAAAGCAUUAAUUUUACAGGUUCUUCAGAAGGAUACUUUGGACCAGUCGUUAUAGGUGGUCAAAAAUUUAACGUUCCUUCACCGCCUU